AUGAAUGGUCUCAACUUGCAGGCAUUCAUGAGCUCGUGGAAUUUGGCAUGCAAAUGGAAGGGCAAAACGUCAUUGUCAUUAGAUUUUGUCAAGAACUCAAGGAUCGAUAACAUAAUGUUCAUCAAUAGCAAAGGUAGCCACAUCAAACUAUUUGGUUGCGAAAAUGUUAAUAUUAACCACAUAACAAUAUCAGCACCAAGUGAUAGCCCUAACACUGAUGGAAUCAACAUUGCAUACUCAAGGCAAAUACAAGUAUCAAAUUCCAAGAUUUCAACAGGAGAUGAUUGUAUUUCAAUUCUACCUGGAGCUAAAGAUGUUAACAUCACGGCUAUUCGAUGCGGGCCGGGCCAUGGGAUUAGUAUUGGGAGCAUGGGUAUGAAACCCAAUGAGCCUGCAGUGAAUGGAGUAAGUGUAAAGAAUUGCAACUUCACUAAUACACUUAAUGGUGUAAGGAUUAAGACAUGGGGUACUAAGAAUGUUGGGCAUGUUGAUAAUGUAUCAUUUGAGAACAUUCUUGUUGAUAAUGCUAGCAAUCCCAUCAUCAUUGAUCAGAAUUAUUGUCCAUCACAUCAUUGUCCCAAGGUAAUUCGUUGCGUUUAA